AUGGGCCCUAAGGAACUAGAACUCAUCCUGGUUAAGGAGCAGAAUGGGGUGCAGUUCACCACCUCCGCGGUGGUGGCCAGUUCACAGACGCCACCCUCGGGCGAGGAGCGCGAGACCUGGGGGAAGAAGAUCGACUUCCUGCUGUCGGUCAUCGGGUUUGCCGUGGACCUGGCCAACGUGUGGAGGUUCCCCUAUCUCUGCUACAAGAACGGAGGAGGAGCGUUUCUAGUGCCCUACCUGUUCUUCAUGGUGAUCGCUGGGAUGCCACUCUUCUACAUGGAGUUGGCUCUGGGCCAGUACAACAGGCUGGGGGCCGCCGGCGUCUGGAAGAUCUGCCCCAUAUUCAAAGGUGUGGGCUUCACUGUCAUCCUGAUCUCUCUGUACGUGGGCUUCUACUACAACGUGAUCAUCUCCUGGGCUCUCUUCUACCUCUUCUCCUCGUUCACGGGCGACCUGCCCUGGGUCAACUGCAACAACCCCUGGAACAGCCCCAACUGCUCCGACAUGUGGGCCAACAACACGCUCAACGACAGCCAGAAGACCACGCCAGCCGCUGAGUAUUUUGAGCGUGGUGUGUUACACCUGCAGGAGAGUGGGGGUAUCGAGAACCUGGGCAGGCCACGAUGGCAACUGACCUCCUGUUUGGCUGUGGUCAUCGUCAUCCUCUACUUCAGCCUCUGGAAGGGGGUCAAGACCUCUGGGAAGGUGGUGUGGAUCACUGCCACGAUGCCCUAUGUGGUCCUGACCGUGCUCCUCAUCAGGGGAGUCACCCUCCCUGGAGCCAGUGCCGGCAUUAAAGCUUACCUCAGCGUCGACUUCUACAAGCUACUCAAGCCCCAGGUCUGGAUCGAGGCAGCCACUCAGAUCUGCUUCUCUUUGGGAGUCGGGUUUGGUGUGCUAAUUGCCUUCUCCAGCUACAACAAAUUCAGCAACAACUGCUACAGAGAUGCCAUAAUCACCAGCUCCAUAAAUUCCUUGACCAGUUUCUUCUCCGGUUUUGUCAUCUUCUCCUUCCUGGGCUACAUGUCUCACAAACACAACAUAGAACUUAACAAAGUGGCCACCGACGGUCCAGGGCUCGUCUUCAUCAUUUACCCAGAAGCAAUUGCCACGCUGUGGGGUUCUCCAGUGUGGGCUGUCAUCUUCUUUGUCAUGCUGGUUACCCUUGGCAUCGACAGUGCGAUGGGUGGCAUGGAGUCUGUGAUCACGGGUCUGAUGGAUGAGUUCAAGUGUCUGCACAAACACAGAGAGCUCUUCACGCUCUUCAUCGUCAUCUCCACCUUCCUCAUCUCCCUCUUCUGCGUCACCAAUGGCGGCAUCUAUGUUUUCACACUGUUGGACCACUAUGCUGCUGGGACCUCUAUCUUGUUUGGGGUCUUGAUAGAGACCAUCGGAAUCUCCUGGCUCUACGGGGUGGACCGCUUCAGCGAUGACAUCCAGGAAAUGAUUGGGCAGAGACCUGGCCUCUACUGGAGACUGUGCUGGAAGUUUGUCAGCCCCUGCUUCCUUUUGUUUAUGGUGGUGGUGAGCUUUGCCUCGUUCAGCGCUCCUAAGUACGGCUCGUAUGUGUUCCCCGUGUGGGCCAACGUGGUUGGCUGGUGCCUAGCCGUCUCCUCCAUGACCAUGGUCCCCCUCUACGCCCUCUACAAGUUCUUCUCAUUGCCUGGCAACUUCAAACAAAAACUGGCCUAUGCCAUUACCCCAGAGACAGAGCAUCACUUGGUCCAGCGUGGAGAGGUGCGGCAGUACACGCUCCAUCAUUGGAUUGUGAUUUGAGUUGCACCAAUCAAAGACGAAAGCACCAGUCACAGCAACCAACCUGUAAUCGUCUCACAACAGGACUAACGUUU